CGUUCCCCCUCUCUGAUGCUCUUCGUCCCGCGCCAAGUCUCCCUCGCCUCCCUCCCAUCCACCGCUGCCGCCGCCGCCGCCGCCAUGGCCAAGGAGGAGGUCAAGAAGGAGAAGAAGAGCAAGAGCAAGGGCGCCGCCGCCAAGGCCUCCCCCGCCCCCGACGCGCGGGUCCUGGCCGCCGUCGCCGCCUUCCUCGAGUCCAGCGGCCUCCCCCUCACGCUCGCCGCCCUCCGGUCCGAGGCCAGCCUCGAGGGAGACGCGUGGAGGUCGUCGCCGGUGAGCCUGGCGGACGCGGUCUCCAAGUUGCUGGAAUCAAGCGCUUCUGCUCCAGGAGCCGACAUUACCGCGAGCGAUGGGCAAGUGAAAGCGGAUGAUGCCGUAGCGGAAGAGAAAGGCGCGGGCAAGAAAAAGAAGAACAAGAAAGGCGGUCUCGAAGCUCACGAGACCGAGAGUAAGGCAAUUGAGCCCUCUGCCCCUGAAAAGCCCAGCGAGAAGGCGGAUGAUGAGACCAAGGAAAAGAAACGGAAGAAGAAGAAGGAUAGCUCAUCAGCCGGGGAUGAUGCCGAGGCAAAUGCAGUAGUGAAGACUGAUGGCAAGAAGAAGAAAAGCAAGAAACAGGAAAAUGAUGAGGAUGUUGAAGCCAGGCUGGAAAAGGUGGAAUUAGCAGUAAAAGCCAAGUUUGAGGCGGCAGGGAAACUCAAGGUUGAUGACAAGAAAUCUGGAGAGGAUGAACGUAAGAGUCAGAGUGACGAGGCUAACAAGAAUGUCUUGGGUGAUGGUGCUCCUCUGGAUAAGGGGAAGAAAAAGAAGAAGAGUAAAUCAACUUCAGAGACCUCAGAUAAAGUUGAUGCAGGAACUGCACCUACUGAGGUAGAGGUGAAAUCUAAUGGUGCCAGUGAAAAUGGUGAUGCUGUAGAAGGGAAAGAUGUCAAUGAGAAAAAAAGUAAAAAGAAGAAAAGGAAGUCAGGUUCUGAAGAAAAUGGUCUGGUAGAAGAUAAGCAAGUUGCAGGGAAAGAUUCAGCUCCCAAAUCAGAUGAUGAAAACAAGACUGCGAUGGAUGUUGAGGAAGGAGAGGAUGGAAAGGCUUCAGCUGAUGCUGCAGUUGUUAGCAAGAAGAGGAAACUGGAAGAAGUUGAAGGAAGCAAACCCCCUGCCAAAGAAGAUAUCACUGCCACCGAAGAUGAUGUAAAGGAGCCCAGCACCGCAUCGAAAUCAAAUAAACGGCAGAAACUUUCUGAGCCUAAAAGUGCAUUCCAACGGGUGAAGAGUGAAGAUAUUAAAUUUGCUGAUGAAAGACUACAAGAUAAUUCGUAUUGGGCUAAGGGUGGUGCUGACUCUGGGUACGGUGCGAAGGCACAGGAGAUUCUUGGACAAGUUAGAGGAAGGGAUUUUAGGCACGAGAAGACCAAGAAGAAGCGCGGAACCUACAAGGGUGGGUUCAUUGAUCUACAAACCCACUCGAUUAAGUUUAACAAUUCAGACGACGAGUGAUCGCGUCAUUUGUGCAAGUCUUGUGACAUUUCCCCAUUCUUACCGUCGUUAGUCGGUCAGUCUUGCUGAAAGGAAGAAGUGAAGGCAUGCCUGCUUUGCAGCAAAGAAGCAAAAGCAUUGAAUUGUUGUAUCCUGCCCUUUCUGUUAUGAUGCAUGCUCUGUUAAGUCAUCAGAAUUUUGUAAUGGACUCAAUGAGACGUACCAUUUUUUGGCUAUGCCAAUGCGAAAUGAAAUAUUACUGCGUAGUAAUUAUUGUUGUACUUGCUGCGGAGCCUCUAA